AUGUUAGUGCUAUUUGUUUUUGUUCAUGUUCAUUGUCGUUGUUUUGCAUUCAUUUUUUGAAAUGGCUGGGAUGACUAACGUUCUUGAAACUGUCCGUGAGGACGAUUUUGUAGAAUAUUUCAUAUUUCCACAAAUAGAAACCCACGAUGAGCAGGAACAAGAAAAUAUUCUAACUGCCCUAUUGGAUAAAACCAAUAAAAUAAUUCAUAAAUAUACCAAAAACUUUUUGUGGCACAAAGAUGAUUUCAAACUUGUAAUUAGAACAUCCACUUCCAAUUUUUUAAAUGAAAUCGAAGGCCAAAAAGAAGCACUGCCUCCACAUCUUUAUGGGGUAUCACAUUAUGGAGACAAUAUUGAAGAUGAGUGGUUUAUGGUAUUUCUUUUGAGGCAACUAACAAAAGAAUUGACUGGAUCAAUUGCCAGAGUUCAUGAUAUUGAUGGAGAGUUUCUACUUAUUGAAGCAGCUGAAUAUUUACCAAAUUGGGCUAGACCAGAAACUUGUGAAAAUAGGGUCUAUAUGUACGAUGGCAAUAUCCACUUAAUUCCUCAUGAUUCAACUUCAACCACAAUUACAAUAAACGAAGCUGUGUCAUCAGUAAGAGAAAAUCCCACAUCGACAGUUGCAUCAACAGAAAUCCAGAAUGCCAUUAAAACAAAACUCGAUGGUUAUCCCGAUAAAUUGAAAGACAAUAUUCAUAACGCAGUAGUUUAUAUACCAAUAGGAGUAGCAAAAGCUUUAAAAGCGAAACCCAACCUGAUCUCAGCCGCCGUUCAAGUGUUUUGUAAUAGAGACUCAGUUGACCUUAAAGCCUGUAGAGCUAUGAAGUAUUUUCCACCUGAAAAUAGAGUUAAGCAAAGGGUUACUUUCACUAAAUGUCUCUAUGCCAUGUUAACCCAUAGUAAGUAUCUUCCUGACAGAAGAACCGGAUGGAAUCUACCUCCUUCCAAUUCCAAAGAAUACCAGUCUAAUAUUUUAGGAGUUAAACUAGCUUGUGGCUUUGAAAUUUUAGCUUCCCAAGCUAAGCCAAGUACUGACGUUGAAUCUGAUAGAGGCUGGCAGAAUUACCUAAAAAGUCUGAAAGAUAAAGGGUAUUUUAAAGAUUAUUUAGAACAUUCUUUAGGUUAUAAUAAUUUACUAAACAAAGCCAAGGAGUAUUAUGUUGAUCAUAGAGAUUCUAUGCAUCAAAAUUCGUCAAUAGGUCAAGAAAUUUUAGAUUUAAGUAGAAAUAUCGAUAUAGAAGUCGAAGAAGAGACGAAUCUAGUAGAUGACGACGAUUCUUGGCUGAAUAUUAGUCCCGAUGAACUCGACAAGAUGCUUCAAGAAAAAUAUGGACAGAAAAAAAUAUUCAAUGUUAAUAAUAAUUCAGACGCGUCUAGUUUUACAGAAAAGAUAAACAGUUUCUUAAACCACAUUUCUGAUGUGGAUGGUGCAGAGUUUCCCAAUGAAAACGAAUCUCCUAUUAGGCCUCCAAGGCGCAAAAAUAAGUCGAAGGUGUCUUUUUCAUCUGAAGCUAAAACAGAAGAAACAACAUCUAACAACAAAAUAAACUUUGACCCAAAUUCUUUUACUUGUGCAUUACAAAACAUCCUAAAUUUCUCCAUACCCGAGGAUGAUUCUUGGGACUUGGAAUCUGAUUCGGAAAUGAGUGAAUAUGAAGAAGAUAACUAUGUCAAAGAUCAAAGUUACGAAAACGCAAAAGAUAAAAAUAAGCUGCAAAAAUAUAUGGAAGAAAUGGAUCGCGAAUUGGAAGGAACGACUAUUGGGAAAAGUUUUGAGAAGAAGAACGGAGACAAUUUCGAAGAUAUAGAAAAUUUCAAGCCGGUUGAUAUUAACGUUAAUGCCUUAAAAUACAUUUUAGAGAGUUACAAAAGUCAGUUGGGGGAUGCGGGACCGUCUAGUAAUAUGCUGGGACCUAUGGGGCUCCAUCUUGAUCCCAAGGAUAACAUUGACAUGGAUUAAAAAAAGUUAUAAUUCGAUUUGGAGAAAAACACCAUAUAUGUAUACCCUUAAAUUGUUACAAAAAACUUGGCAGAUCAUAGGCAUUUAGGGCUCAAAUCAGAUUAUAUAUAAGCAGUUGCUCCUGGUGUUUUUACUUUAUGUCGUUGUAACAAUUGAUGUAUUUCCUGCAAUGCCGUCUUAAAAUAUUUUAGUGUCAAAUGGUUGCCUUAAAGUUAAAAAACGUUUACCUUGUUUUGAAUUACACGUGUUUUUAUUUGUUUAACACUACAAAACCAAGCAAUAUUUUGUACUUGAUAUAUAUAACGAACCAAAACGUUUGAUACUAAAAUUUAUCGACACAAUUUACCGUUGCCGCCUGAUCAAACUAGGUUUCCUACGUCAUAUAUCUUCAUUAGCCAUAAAUGACCAUCUUUAUUAAAUAUGACCUUUGUCAAAUUAUCUUUUUAGUUUUAUAUUUAACUCUUUCACGGACAUCCGUUCUGGACCACCAAUGAGAUUUUCGUCGUUGGGGGAUGAGAACGUCAGUCAGUACAGAGCAAAUGAUUGCUUAGACAGACAUAACCAACGAAUUAUUUCAAACAUUCAUAGCAUAGAUAUAAUCUACUUUCGGUAUGAACAAUCGCUGAUGACCUUCCUCAUCGUCAUUGUUUAUCUAGAUUUACAUGUUUGAAGCCACUAAAUAUCUUGGUAAAAACCUUUUAAAUAAAAUUAGCAAAAACAGCAACAAUAUAACUUAAAAUUAAUUUAACUAUAUUUAAAGUGUUUUUACCUAGAUAUUGAGAGGCUUACAACAUGUAGACCUAGAUAAACACUGAUGAUGGAAUAGUCAUUUCGAAAUCGUUCUGUGGUGUGAUGUUACCCGAAAGGGUUCUUUUAUAACAUUAUACCUUUUAUAAAAUAUUUUUUAAAUAAAAUAUUUGAUGUUUAUAGUAUACAGCCAACUACAGGAAAUUCGUUUUACUUGUGAACAAUAUUAGAAUGUUCGAUACACUUGGGAAUAGUUUUUAUAUUUCGUACUGGUGAAAGCCACGUUUUGUUAAGAUUCUUAUCUUUUCGAUAAACUUAAUCGGGUGUUUUCAAUUUUCAAUAGCCUUUGUAAACAAUCAUAGGCAAUAGGUGUUUUAACCUCAUCUUUCUUUGAAUAAAAUUUGGUGCUUUUCGUGCAUUCCCAUCUAUCUUAUUCAGUUUUUCUAAGAUGGGCGGGACCUGUACGAAGAUCGAUGAUGAAAGACUUCUCAACAAUGGGAGACAUCUCCACAAGACCGGCAACAGUGGAGGAAAAUAGUAAACGCGUCCAACACUCACUUAUAGUUGUAGUCCAUGAUAAUGAGGGUUUUCGUGUGAUAAUACGUUAUUCAAAAAUUUUUUUGAUUGACCUCUUUUGUUUGCUCUUUGUUCGUCACAACCGAUCACUGGGGGGAAAUGGGGUUCUCAACCACCCUUUCCUUUCAUUUUUUGGUUUAUACAAGCAGGUAGUCGACCAAAUUUAUCAUAUUUUUCAAAUAAACCGCUCUAUUGUAUUAGAGUAGGUAUUAAUACGCUUUGCUGUUCUGUCACGCGUUGACCUCAAGGCAUCUGUCUUUUCACGUUGUGGCGCUAUAACACCUGUUUUACCAUCAUUUCAACGACAGCAGUCGAGAAACUCAGAGUGGUAACUUCAUUAUACUUUUAAAUUACUAAAAUUCUUAAUUAAUCAUUACAAUAAUGCUACCUAAAGUCAAAAUAAAAUCUUAAUUAUUGAUUUACUGUUGGAAGUGCAUCUUUGAUCUCUUAGUUUUUCUACACAUUAAUUGUUUUUUUAAUGUAAAAAAAAAUUUACAUAAUUUUUUAUAUACUUGUAUAAGUAUCACAUAUCUUUUGCUGUGUUAAGUUUAUGAAAAUUGUUAACUAUAUUUAGUUCAAUUUAUUGUUUAUGCAACAUAACUUUACAAUGUCCAUUGUCGUAAGCUUCUUUACAAUUUUUAUAUCAUUGACUGCUACAUAUCUUUUUGAGGUAACACACUUAAUAACUUUCUAUGGAUGUUAGGUUUUUCAUAUUGUUCUUUUUAGAUGAACUGAGGAUGCUAUCAAAUUGGAUAGCGAAACGUUUUCAAUAAAUAGAUGAAGUAGCCAUCAUAUUUGUCUUUUUUUUUAUCUAUCCAUCAAAUCGGAGAUCUCCAACUUGUUGGAGAUCUUCUUCGUGAUCUUCGGCCUUCCACCUUCCCUUGGAUAAGUCUUUCCAUGUUUUCUGUGUCUGCUCUCAUAAUAUGUCCAAAGUAUUUUCAUUGUUGGAGAUGGAUUUUGCUGGAUAUCCGCUUGUUGAGUUUUAGCUCAUUUGACGUUGAAAAUUUUUGUCCUGUGGUCGGUCCGCGGAAUUCGUAACAUUGUUCUCUAAAAGAACAUUUCAAUGGGGUCUAUCUUUUUUUCGCUUGUCGUAGGAUCUAAGAUUUACAUCCGUAUUUUAGUAUUGGGAAUAUUAAGCAGUUAAUCAACGAACCCGAACAAAAAGUUGAAACACGCCCACUGGAACUAUUCUGAGAAAAACUAAUCUACAUUUAUUUGUUUAGGAAAAUCAUUCUCUUAUACAUUAAAGUUUCAUGGGUGUCACAGGGUUAUAGAACAGAUUAUGUGAUUAAUAACAGUGUUGGCUCUGACAGUCUUGACUCACUGCGACGAACAUUUUUCGACGGCCAUAAUUGCCUUGCCCGUGAAAGGUUUAUUACUGUAUAAAUUAGAUAUACCUAUAUUUUUAAUAAAUAUUUUAGUAAAGUAAAAUUACAGUAAUUACAGUAAAGUAAAAUAUUACAGUGUAAACUUACAAUGAUAUUUAAGAAUUGAUGUUUAAA